AUGGAGUACUUUGCCGAAUCUGUAAAACAAAGCAAAUCAAGUGAUGAAGGCUUGGAAAAAUUGAAAUCUUCAUCAUCUGGAGAUGCUGAAACUAACAUAUCUAGUGGUUUUGAUUGCAAUAUCUGCCUAGACAUUGUUCGAGACCCUGUCAUAACAUUUUGUGGUCAUCUCUACUGCUGGCCUUGCAUCUAUAGGUGGAUUCAGUCCGAGAGAAGUUCUUCUGAAAACUUUGUUCUACAACAACAAUCUCAAUGUCCUGUUUGCAAAGCUCAAGUCACGCAAAAUACUUUGAUACCCCUCUAUGGUCGAGGGCAGUCUAGAGAACAGCCUGAUCAAACAGGUGGCAAAAUAGACCUCGUUAUCCCUCAUAGGCCUAGCGGUCCUCGUUGUGGGGUCCACACAAUAAUAACCGGUGCAUCUACUAGUCCGCAUCCUAGUCAACAACUCAAUUACCAUGCUUACUCUCACCCUCGCUAUCACCAAGUACAUCCACUCUACUCAGAUGAGCAUUCCUGGUCACCUACACUCGGGUUUGCAGGAACUACCACAUACAAUCCUAUGAUUGACAUCUUUGGCGAAAUGAUCUAUGAUCGGAUGUUCGGAAACUUACAAACGACGCUUUAUACUUGUCCAAACACGUACAGUGUUGCGACCAUGAGUAGCCCUAGGUUGAGGCGGCAUGUGAUGCAAGUAGAUAGGUCGUUGAGCAGAGUCAAAAACUAUCGUAAUCAGGAUGCUUCUUUUAGUGCCACUACUGGAAUAUUUCAUGUAUACACGCAUGUGCAGAUAAGUCAUUGUAUAGAUUAA